AUGAAUCUUUAUUUUAUCCUAAGUGUAUUUAUUGUGUUAAGUGCUGUGGCCAAUCAUUGUGAUGGAAAAUUACCAAACGGCAUUAAGUUGUGCAGCAGAAAUGAUCCAAAUGUUGCGAAAUGCAUCAUUGAUAGUAUUCGAAAUUUACAGCCUAGACUAGCAGAUGGAAACCUCUCGCCUGAUUUUAAACUUACGCCCCUUGAACCAUUAAAGCUGGAAAACAUUCACAUUGACCGUGGACCGAAUUUCCAAGUGCACAUUUCAAAUCUUGUCGUAGUUCGUGGAGCUAGCAAAUUUAAGAUUGAUAAAAUGAGAGUUGAUUUAGGAGAGCCAAUGUUUGACUUCCUUAUAUCACUUCCGAGACUCGAGUUUAAAGGCAAAUAUGAUUUGAAAGCUGUUAUUGGCGCUCUUCCUGUUGAUAAUCGUGGAGAUAUGAUCGGAAUUGCAGAAAACUACAGAGCAAGAGUGAGACUCCAUGCAAAGAAAUACAUUGGUGAAGAUGGACUAACGUACAUCAAGUUCGAAAAGAUUCAACUCAAGAUCAUGCCAGGAACUAGCAAACUUCAGCUUCAAAAUCUCUUUGAAGACAAUCCAGCUCUUAAGUUCUUGGCAAAUACUUUUAUUUCUGAAAGUUCAGGAUUUUUCGUGAACGAUUUAACUCCAACACUCGAGAAGUCACUGGGUGAUUUAUUUACUAAAGCUGGAAAUGAGAUAAUUAAGCAAGCUUCAUUUGAUGAACUGUUUCCUGAUAUUUAA